AUGCUUGCCUUACCCUCGUGGGAGAAUCCUGACAGGAGUUACUUCCAACCUCCAGGGCCAUUCUCCGCCCCUAUUCACUUCUUGAAUGCCACAGCCACGGCGCUCAACGUGUUUACAGGCCACACCGACAGUUUCUGCAGGCCCAGCCCUUACACCGUACCUGCUGAGUGGAUUCUCACCAACAGCAGGACAUUAUUGCCCGCAAGCAUUCCUAACAUUCCUUUGCAAGUGAUGGAAGAGAAUCCUUAUGGCUCAAGCGGCCCAAGACGCGACUUCGAAGCUCAUAGAACUGAUAUGGAUGAGAAUCCUACUCCUUCUACUCCAUUGGUAGAGCACAAAUGGUACUCUCCGCCCACGCCUGCUGAUACCGGCGACGCUGUGACGCUGGCAGGUCAAUCCCGGGAGCCAUCUACACCCUCUAAUAAUGAAUUUUGCCUUGCAUCCUUACCGGAGCAUAGCACGAUAUCACAAGCAGCCGCGACUUCCAGCCCAGAUAUAGCAGAUGCUGAUCAUGGCACGGUGCUUCUCCAAGGCAAUACACAAAUUCCAUCCAUCUGCGUACACCAUCAUUCUGGUGCGGGCGCGGGGGACUCUCAUCUUCUCCAAGAUGCUUCAAGCCCCGCCUGGUGCCUCGGUGUCCCCCAACUCAAUCGCAUGGCUGUUACCGCCCCCCUCAAUGAUGUGCGCUUCCUCGCAGUCCCUUGGAGCAGGCCACAUCAUUGCGACGAGCUGCCCAGGGCGGAUACUCGAAAGCGGAAAAUGCUAUUGUGGCUGGAUCGUGUGUAUACGCUGAUCAACGCUCGGGACUCUUUUGACGGACCUACGAUCAGCCGUGAUGCUGACCAGGCCAGUACCUCGCGCAAGAUCAGUUCGGGGCAUGGGCCAAACCCUUGGCAUCAGCCAGGCUUGUCCUAG